GCGGUAUGUCCAUUUCAUCCUGCAGCCCACAGGUGCUUUGGAGCUAGGUGAAAGAGCGCAGCAGCCCCUGGAGUGUGGGUGUGUGCCAAGCAGUCCCUCCAGGCCAGCAUCUCUUCUAGCACUAGAUAUGCUCUCCAAGUAACCCUAUCUGGGAACUUCCCGUUCCUGUAGUCAAGAGCCCUCCUUGCCACGUGUUGUAAGGUAAGAGAUUCCCUUACACAGGCAGACGGAGGGCACUUUCUGCUGCAGUUGGUGCUCACUGUGGACCUCGCUGUAUUGCGGAGAGCACAGAAAAGAGACUGUACAGCAUGAAAAGGCUGGUGCCAGACAACAACCAAAACGCCUCUGAGCCGUGGAUCACCCUGUGAAAGCCGGGUGUGAGGGAAGAAGAAAGCAAAUCGGUAGCUCUGAAGAAGAGAGUUCAUCCGAGGGGGUGUUUUAUUUUUAAACUCUGAUUCUCCCUGUUCCUUGCCUGGAGAAGUAAUUAAAUUGGAAUGGCCCAGGGAGCCAAAAUCAAGGGAGCUUUGUUUACUCUUUUUAAAAGAUAGAACUUAAAUUUCCCCCCAAGAACUUUUUUUUCUUUUAUAAAAUCCUGCUUUAUUACACCCAGGUUUGAAAGACUCUUGGACUUUAUGUUUUCCUUUGCUUCCCCAUAAAAGUAACUGAGCACAAGUCCAGUUUGCUGGAGCAAGGGCUAAGUGGGAGAAACACCAGCUGUCGGAAGAUGACGCACUAAGGCGGCAAGAACGAAAGAAGAGAAUCUGGGAGACGGUGUGAGUGCUUCUAGGGCUCCUUCAUCUGGAAGCAGGAGAACUAGAGCCAGCGUGUUGGAUCUGGAAUUGCCUCCUGUUUCUCUGCCGGCUUGGUGGUUGGUGUCUCCCGUGUCUGGAUUGUGCUUGAUGGGGAUCUCUGCUGCGGGAUCUGCCUCUGCAGUUGAGGGCUGGAGCGCAAGAGCCAAGGAGGUGGCAUCUAGAUGCAGGAAGGGGCACUGGCUUAAGCCCCUUGCAGAAGGUCUUUUCUGGGACAGCUGCCAGCUGUAGUCCCACCGCUUUGAGGGUCGGGGGAGACAUCUGCCCUUCAGAAUGUCCUCCAAGCUGGAGCACAAGGAGGCUCACCAGACCAAUGGGGUGGUGCUGCCCAUCGUGGCUGUGCCGGUGGACUGCCUUGCCAGUCCUGACCUGCAGCAACUUGUGAAGCCCUCGGAGUUCUUGGAGCCCGACGGGGAAGGGGUGGAGGUGGUGGUGCUGGAAUCCCGGGCCAACGCCAAAGGGGUGCGAGAAGAGGACGCCCUGUUGGAAAAUGGCAGCCAGAGCAACGAGAGCGAUGACACCAGCACAGAUCAGGGCCCUGUGCCUGCCUCCCCUUUCAAGGAGACAUCCUUCUCCAUCGGGCUGCAGGUCCUCUUCCCUUUCCUGCUGGCCGGGUUUGGGACGGUUGCUGCGGGGAUGGUGCUGGACAUAGUACAGCACUGGGACGUGUUCAAAUAUGUGACUGAAGUAUUUAUCCUGGUUCCUGCACUGCUGGGACUGAAGGGGAACCUGGAGAUGACACUGGCAUCUCGUCUUUCUACAGCUGUUAAUAUUGGGCAAAUGGACACCCCCAAGGAGCUCUGGCGGAUGAUCACGGGGAACAUGGCUCUGAUUCAGGUUCAAGCAACAGUGGUUGGCUUCCUCGCUUCGAUGGCUGCUGUGAUAUUUGGCUGGAUCCCAGACGGGCACUUCAGCCUGGACCACGCUAUCCUGCUGUGCGCCAGCAGCGUCGCCACGGCCUUCAUAGCGUCGCUUGUGCUGGGAAUGAUCAUGAUCGGCGUCAUCAUCGGCUCCAGGAGGAUGGGGAUCAACCCAGAUAACGUGGCCACCCCCAUUGCCGCCAGCUUGGGGGACCUGAUCACCUUGGCGCUGCUUUCGGGGAUUAGCCGGGGCCUCUACCUAGAGCUGGAGGACAAACCGUACGUGAACCCUUUGGUGUGCGUCUUCUUCGUCGCCCUGCUGCCGCUCUGGUUCAUCGUUGCCAAGAGGAACCCUGUGACCCGAGAGGUGCUGUACUCCGGCUGGGAGCCCGUCAUCAUUGCCAUGGCUACUAGCAGCGUUGGAGGGUUAAUCUUGGAUAAAACGGUGUCGGAUCCAAACUUUGCAGGGAUGGCCGUCUUUACGCCGGUGAUUAACGGGGUCGGUGGCAAUCUGGUGGCCGUCCAGGCCAGUCGCAUCUCCACGUACCUCCACAUGAGCGGAAUACCCGGCGAGAGCCCUGAGAUGGCCCCGCGCAAGUGCCCCAGUCCUUGCAGCACUUUCUUCAGCUCAGGUAUCUGUGGCGGGAACCCGGGCGCUGGGAUGUUCUACCUCCUCCUCGUGGUUCCUGGGCACUUGGUUUUCCUCUACACCAUCAGCUCUAUGCAGGGCGGGCACACGACUCUCACCCUGAUCUUCAUUGUCUUCUACAUGAUGGCUGCACUUCUGCAGGUUCUCAUUCUUCUCUACAUUGCUGACUGGAUGGUGCAUUGGAUGUGGGGUAGGGGGCUGGAUCCCGACAACUUCUCCAUCCCUUAUUUGACGGCGCUGGGUGACCUGCUUGGGACAGGUCUCUUGGCUCUCAGCUUCCACAUUCUCUGGCUCAUCGGCGACCGGGACGCGGACGUGGGAGACUAGCUCUCCCCAGUGUCCUCUUCUUUCCCCCUUCCCUUCCUUCUGUCUCCUUUGGGACUUCAGCUUUGAUACUGGAUUCUCAUUAUUUUCAAUGGGAAUUUUAUGUGGUUUAUAUUUCAAGCCAAGUUUGUACAGAAAAAUCUAGUUUUAGGAGGGACAAAAAAAAAUGUAAGACAAUCACCAAGUGCAAUUUCAUAGCUGUAGCGUUUGAACCAAGGUGUUACGGGAAACGUUGAUUGACCAGUCAGAUCAUAAAGGAAGCCCACCCACCCCACCUAGCACGAGAGGUAAACGGUCACUCAUAUGGUUCGUAAACAUUCAGUGUUCAAGAUGCGAUUCAGGCUUAUUUUAAUUAUAAACUGAGCAGACACCUCUCAGGAGGGAACACCCUAUAACCUAGGCUUUGGGGCAGCCCCAUUUCCUCUCUCUUAGCCCCACUUUGUCUGAUUUCUAAAGUAAGCAUGAUCCUGGUUAGGGAAUUAGCUUGUGUUUGCUGGAAAGAUCCCUUUUAAACAUCCACUCCCGCACCCAUGUGCAUCUAAGGAAUGCUCCCCUGAUUGAUUUGAAGCUUUAAAACAGAACCCUAAAGCAGCUAGAUUUUUAAUUGCAUGUAGGUCUUUAGUUUUCCUCUUUAAAAAGAAAAGUCUGAAAUGCGUUCCUCAUUCACAGCACACAUACCCCUGCACCCGUGUAGUGGCUUUUAUUUUCUGAUCCUGGGUCAACUUCUGCACCUCUCCCACAGGCUCUUUAAAACCAUGCUGUUUUUCCUCCUUUGGGGCUUUUCCCUGAGAUCUGGGUGUUCUGAUCAAGAAGUGGCCAAUGUGUUAACAUAUGACAGUCAAUGUGUGGUGUAGAGCUUUGACCACCUUCAUCCUAAGUGAAGCUUGGGUUCAAGGAGCAAUUGUUGCUGAUCUGAGCCACCCCAGAAAACUGGCUAGUUGCACGAUACUUGAAGUAUGGCUGCAUCUUGGCUCCCUGAAAAGGAGGGAUUUGCUGGGAAGACUACCCCACCUUGCCCUUACCAUGGACUGAGCAAGAUCGCAAAGUGCAUCUGUCGUGACCAGAAAUAGACCCAUGUUGUAUAAUUCCCAUCUGGAAUUAGCUUAGAGCUUUCCCUGCACUUGAGAGCUAGAAUCCUGGUUUAAGGCCAGGCGUGUUAACCGGUUUGAAACUAAAAUGGGAGUUUCAUCAUGGACCGAUGAGAGAACCAAUACCAAAAAAAAUACAGGAACCUAUAUAGAUAUGUAAAUCAAACCACAUUUAAGGUCUUGCAUGCCAGGAAAGAUAAGAGCCAAGGGACCACUGUCUAAACUGGGAACUAGUAGAAAAGUCAUUUCCUGUUUCAUGCUGUUUGUGGGACUCCCCUUUUUUAGGGCCUUUACUGGUCUGCAAAGGAGACCUGGCUUAAGUAAACAUUUGCCUUCAAUCACAGAAUGGCAGCUCUGAAUAGAGGCAGUCUUGCAGAUGCCUGUGCUAGUAGAGAAGGGGAUUUCCAGAGGGUUUUCAUGCCUAUGUUAGAAGGCUUCAGAAUUGCUCUCUUCAAACAUCACUUUUAAUUGAAGCACUGAUGUUCACAUCUCUUCACCCCAGUGACGUCUCACAAAUCCAGCUUGUCCUGGACUGCUUCAAAAGUUUGCUGCACUGACAUCUCAAUUUCUUGGAGACCUUCCCUUGCCCCUCAAUGUUAACAGAGGCAGAAAACUGUCCACUUGCUUCCAUGCCCAGUACCAAGGGAUACAUUUGAGAUUUCCUAUCCCUAACACUUAAGCUUUUAGUAGAUCUCCUCUUCCUCUUAUUUUUACACGCCCCAUCACUGCUCAGUUCCCAAACUAAAGAUUUGUGCCAGUGAAACAGACACACCCAUCCUGGUCUCAGUUACAAAAAUGAGGGAGGGAGAAGUGAUUGUUUUAAGAGCCAUAGUUCUCCUUGGAUGACGUACCUAAAUUUUUACAAGGUGGAGGGAAGGGUAAGCACUUAAUUUGCAUUUAAAAGAGCUUCGAAGGACAAUUUCUUUUAUUUUUCAUCAGUUGAACUCAAAUGCAUGUGUACUUUAGAUCUGGCUGCAAGAUGAAGAGAAUAUUGGGUUACUCUUUGUAUGAAAAUUAGAAAAGACUGUCUUAAAUAUUUAUAGCCGGUUAUAACUGAAUUGACAAAUGUCAACUUAACUGAUUUAAAUUAUAUUUGGUAAAAUAAAGAUGGCAUUUA